AGUGAUGAUUUGAUAGCUGCCAUGUCAGAAGUGAUGGAGACAGAUGACCUAUUCAGCCUCCCUCACUAUAACAUACCCUGGACGAAAAUUUGCAAGAAGAUUAAGCAUCGUAGUGGAAAACAGUGCCGUACCCAUUGGUUGUACAAUCUUCGACCUAAACUGGUACAGGGUGGCGAACACGUAAAACAAGUAGAUGCUACGAAGUUAAUAACAGAAGUAUAUAACCUAGAGGUUGAAACAGAAUGUGAAAUAGACUGGGAAGAUAUGCUGGAGAAAAUGCCGGAAGCAGGGACGCCGCAAAAUUUGAUUCAUCAGUGGCAAAGAUUAAAAGCCAUAUGUGGCGUAGAUAGCAUGAACUUUGAUCAAAUUCGAGAAAAAUUAGCUGAAUUUUACAAAACACAUGUCUGAAAAUCCAUUACAUCCAUUGAAUGUGUAGACAGCAUGGACUUUGAUAAAUUCCCAGGAAUAUUAUUGAACUAAAUAUUAUCUAAAUAUCUGUCGAUUUAGAUCCUGUUGGCAGCAUGAACUUUGAUGAAAUUAGAGAAACUUUAGCUGGUUUUUAGUGUCCCUUCCAGUGAAAUUAGCGGGAUUAUAGGUUUUCUCUUUUUCAGCUGUAGCUAGAGAUGCUACAAUGCCAACAGCAUAUAAUACACUGGCAUGAAGCACUAAAGUAUAGAAUUAUCUUAUUAAUACCAAUAAACGAGAGAAAAAAAUAUAACAGUAUCCUUAAAUGAUUGCUUAUACCUAUUAAGGCAAAAAAGAUUAUAAUUAUAAUAUAGCAAUUUAUUCUGUCUUGACAUUGAAUUAAUAAAGCAAUUUAUUAUUUUAUCACAUUCAGUUCAAAUAAUAAAAAGCUAAGAUAAAACUUUUGUUGGAUGGUGAUAGCGUGAUAUGAAAAUAAACAGCAGCCUAUUGUUGUUUUCAAUCCAUCAUCAUAAAAAAUAGUUCUUUUGUCGGUAAUGUAGUAUCUGUACUGUGUAUCAAUUAAUUCACAGUUGAACAGAGAAAAGAACUAAUUAUUUAAAAAAAUAGAGUUUACAUCUACUUACACGAGUGGACACAAUUAAGUGUUGUUGGGGAGGAGGGAGUGAAUAUUUGUAUAACUAAUUAGACAUGAACAUUUUGGCCCUGUCAUGGUCAAAGGCGUUUUGUUUUGCCUUUGAUCAUUGAUCUAUAUCUGUCUGCUUAUACCAACUUGAAAUUUUGGUUAAGAAGUUGCCAUUAGCUCAUUAACAGUGUGAAAUGCUGAUAUUUUGCUUGAAAAUGUAGCCAAAUUGAACUAUAUUAGAUAAAAAAAAAUUCAGACAUGGGUUAUGUUUUAACUUGGUUUUUUGCAUUCAUUUUCUUUUCUGUCCAAGCUGAACUGGGAUUACAUAUUUUAUCAAGGAAUUUUCCUGCUUUUAAGUUUAUUUAGUUAUAUGUUAAGAACUCGUGCAAUGUAAUAAAAAAACAGGACAGCCAUAAGUCACAUUCACACUGUAAUAUUGACAUGUACAGAAUCCUGGACUUGUCAUUUUGAACUGAUUUUUUAUCCAAAUAUAUAUAAUAUGUUGUUAUCCCGAUAUAACCACACUGUUAUCUCGUUAUAACCAAUAACCACACUGUUAUCUCGUUAAAAUAACAAGAUAGUUAUCUCAUAACAAUUAAUAUAUUGUGAUCUCAUUAAGAUAAUAUUGUUUUCAUGUUAAAACAAGAUAGUUAUCUGUUAUUAUAACAAGAUAGUUACUUACAAACAAUGUUGUAAACAAAAUGACAUUGUGUCAUUCCUGUGAAAUGCUAUUACAUGAACCUGGGCGAGGUUGUAACCUGUAAAGAGAAAUAUUUUGUCAGAAAUUUUAUUUUUUUCACAAUGAAAUCAAUUAUAGAGCUACGAACAUGUAUAUACACUAUAUGUACAUCAAUGGUCUGUUCAGCUUUAAUAAUUCUGGAGAAUUCCACAGUAAGUACCUUCACUGGAUGAUAAUUAAGGGCAUUACAUGCCAUGCAUACAAUAUUAAUGAUAUUGCAUUCUUUUUCCAUUUGAGAGAAAAUAUUGUUUUUAUUAGAUUUUAUACCAAUGUAAUAUUGCAAAAUAUCAAAUCAUUAAAACUGUUAUUUUUUCA